GAUGCUUUAAGCCAGUUGCCGCCCUCUCGUACGGUAGGACACAUCGCACCAACAAUUUUCCCAUCGCGACUCAUUUUUCUCCAAAAGUUGUAUUAACCUGGAAUUUCCUCAGACAUAUAUAGUGAAAAAAAAAUAAUACAACCAUUUUCCUCUACGCAUUCAGUAGAUUUCCAACGGUGCGGCAUCCAUUCCCAUCAAAAUAUUCCCUAUUCCAGAUAAUUUCAUCCAUGAAAAUCAAAUUUAUUUGUGCUAUACCGAAUCCUUACAUUUUUGAUCUGCCUGAUUUUGUGCAACAAGUAAGAUUAUUGCAUUUUCCACAUCCAUAGGCAAUUGUGUGCCAAGAAGGAGCUGUGUGAAAAAUUUACUGCCUCUUGUACAUAGAGAUAAGGUGUGAUAGACAGCAGUGGAAAGGCGUAUCUUUGAUAGUUCACUUUCUUUUUCUACUCCACCUAAGAGUGUGCUAUAUUUUUGCUAUACUCCUGUAUUUUCGUAUGAAGUGAGUGUUGGUGCUAAAAGAGGAAUUUACGUGCAUCUCAUUUAAUAUAUUUCCUAACAAGUGAGCGAGAAUUCUACGGUGAUAACUUAAGGACGAGUAUCAGGAAGUGCAAUUUGUAUAUUGCAUUAUCUCACGAGAGUAUAAAUUACUAACGGCUGAAGGAAUUUCAACGCACAAACAAUGAAGACCUCAUCAUUUUCACUUCGUGUCAUGAGAAGGGCCCGGAACAAGCCUGCUGACGGAAGUGGUCAUUUGCGGCAAAGCUCUGCGCAACGAGAAAAAACCCCAUCUGGACAGAGAGGUGCUCCUGCAAAGGCCACUGCACAUUCGGUCAAGGGACCAGCACCGGCCAAGCAGCAAGCUGGAGGUGGAAAGCCCGGAACUCCAAAGUCAGCAUCGCAGCAAAAGGUGGCCGUUGCAGUUCCGCCACCACCGCCUCCAGCUUCCAAGAAGAAGCCCAAAAAGAAGCAUCAGCAGCACGAUUUGAUUGUCCGUAUCGAUUUGACGGAAUAUGGACUAUCGGAAGAGCAGGUUGCGGAAUUCAAAGAGGCAUUCAUGCUUUUCGACAAGGAUGAAGAUGGCACAAUUACCAUGGCAGAAUUGGGUGUCGUGAUGCGUUCUCUGGGCCAACGUCCAACUGAAACUGAACUACGUGACAUGGUGAAUGAAGUGGAUCAGGAUGGAAAUGGCACGAUAGAGUUCAAUGAGUUCCUCCAGAUGAUGUCAAAGAAGAUGAAAGGUGCCGAUGGGGAGGAUGAACUCAGAGAGGCGUUUAGGGUGUUUGACAAGAACAACGAUGGACUCAUCUCAUCGUCUGAAUUGCGCCAUGUUAUGACGAAUUUGGGUGAGAAGUUGUCUGAAGAGGAGGUUGAUGACAUGAUCAAAGAGGCAGAUUUGGAUGGUGAUGGCAUGGUUAAUUACAAUGAGUUUGUCAUGAUACUUACUGCGAAAAACUAGUGCAAACUUUGCUAUCGUCGAGCUGGUAAAAAAUCAAGAAGUAAAAGCAAAGUUAAAAGUCUCGACGAUACGAAAAAGGACAAGUAAACAUUUUUCUCAAAACUCUUUUUAAUUAAAUUUUGUGGUGGUUUCCAACAUCAAACCAACACUUUCUGGUGAGUUCGAAGAGGAAUUUUUCACUCUUUACCCUGAAGAGCAACUAAUUUAAUAAAAAUUAGGGGCAAUCCCUAUUAUUUAAUUAUUUUGAAUUCUAACGUUCAACCAAAUACUUCCUUGUAAUUGCCAUAAAAAUGUUAAUUGCGGACUUUUUUUUUCGUUCGUUGAAUAUUUUAUUAUUAGCACAUGGAAAUGAGAACACGGCUCCUGUCCGACCAAAUUAGUGCUAAUUUGUAUAAGGUGCAGUUUUCUAUUUGCUAGAAAAGAACUAUUCUUUAAAAAAAAUCAAGUAGAGGGAUUGUUCUACAAAAAACACUCAAUCUUUGGAUAUCGAAAAAAAAAUUUAGUGACUGAGACGAUUCUCAUUUAAACAACAAACAUAUUAUGAAUAUUGCUGUUAUUAACAAAUCUUAUCAUAAUGAUUAUGUUAUAAUACGUAUGCAUUGUGUGAAUGUACUGUGUCAUCAAUAGCAUAAGAAAAUCGUCUACAAACUCUAAUAAGACAUGAGUAUAAAAUCCUACAUGUUCUAUAUCUCAAAACUUAUAAUCAAAUUAACAAGAAAAUCCGCUAAAACAUAUGAAUAUGUUAUUUAAUGUUAGGAGCAACGCCUAUAUCCCUGAAAAAUGACGCGAUCAUCAGUCAUCUAAAAGUUUUAAAAUAAUAAAA